AUGGCUGGCGAUAAGACUACCAAAUUCAGCCAUCUCCCUCUGGCAACUAACAGACCUAUGGAGUGUGCAUUGACUGGCUCUGAAUUGCUCUCAUGCGCUUAUCUCAACAAAGGCAGUGCUUUUACUGCCGAAGAGCGUGACGAAUUCGACCUUACCGGAUUACUCCCAUCAAAUGUCCAGACUCUGGAUGAGCAAGUCAAGAGAGCAUAUGCUCAGUACAGCUCUCGUCAUGACAAUCUCGCCAAGAACACUUUCAUGACCAGCUUGAAAGAGCAGAACGAGGUGUUGUACUACAAGUUGAUUCAGGAGCACUUGAAGGAGAUGUUUGGUAUCAUCUAUACGCCUACCGAGGGCGAGGCUAUCAGCAACUACUCGUCACUGUUCCGUCGUCCGGAAGGCUGCUUCCUGAACGUCAAUGAGCCCGAUAAGGUCGAGCGAGACAUGUCGCAAUGGGGCGGAUCGGAGGACAUCGAUCUGAUCGUUGUCAGUGAUGGUGAGCAGAUUCUUGGUAUUGGUGACCAAGGUGUUGGAGGUAUUUUGAUCUCGAUCGCGAAGCUGGCCAUUUACACUCUCUGCGCCGGAAUUCACCCUCACCGUACACUACCUGUCGUUCUCGACUGUGGCACAAACAACAAGGACCUGCUCGACGAUGACCUCUAUCUUGGUCUCAAGCAAGAGAGAGUCAGAGGAGAAAAGUACGACAAGUUCGUUGACACUUUUGUCAAGACUGCGAGAAAGCAGUACCCGAACGCCUACCUCCACUUUGAAGACUUCGGUCUUCCCAACGCUCGCCGUAUCUUGGACAAGUAUACCCCUGAAAUUGCUUGCUUCAACGACGAUGUUCAGGGUACUGGAUGUGUUACCUUGGCAGCUAUCUACGCCGCAUUGAAGGUUGCAAAGCUCGAGAUGAAAGAUAUUCGUGUCUUGAUGUACGGUUCUGGAACCGCAGGCACUGGUAUCGCAGACCAAGUAUCGGACGCGAUUGCUGUCGAGUCAGGCAAGUCGAAAGAGGAUGCUAUGAAGCAGAUUUGGUGUGUUGACAAGCCUGGUCUCCUUCUUGAAUCGAUGAAGGACGACCUCACACCUGCUCAACAUCCUUAUGCACGCAAGGACUCAGAGUGGGAGAAUAAAAAGCACGAUGACCUGCUCGAGAUUGUUCGUGAAGUCAAGCCUCACAUUCUGAUCGGCACAUCUACCAAGCCCAAGGCUUUCACGGAAGAGGUUAUCAAGGAGAUGGCCAAGCAUACUGACCGUCCUAUCAUCUUCCCUCUUUCCAACCCGACAAAGCUUCACGAGGCAGACCCCAAGGACCUGUUCAAGUGGACAGAAGGCAAGGCACUGAUGGCAACCGGAUCGCCUUUCGACCCUAUGGAAUACAACGGCUCGAAGUACGAGGUUGCAGAGUGCAAUAACAGCACCACAUUCCCCGGUAUUGGACUGGGAGCCAUCCUGUCGCGCACCAAGCUCAUGUCACCACCUUUGCUAGUUGCAGCAACCAAGGCACUUGCAGCUCAAGCACCUGCACUCAAGGACGAGAACGCAGGAUUGCUGCCAGAUGUUACUAACGUUCGCGAGAUCAGCGUCAAGAUCGCUGCAGCAGUGAUCAAGAAGGCUCAGGAGGAGAACUUGGCUCAAGAAGAGCACAUUCCUGAUAACGAUGAGGAUCUGGAGCAGUGGAUUAGAGCUCAAAUGUGGGAUGCAGAGUACAGGCCAUUGAAGAAAGUUGAGCAUGGACAGGCUACUCGUGAGGCCAAGGGUCAAGCUGGCACCAAGGGAAAGACCUCAAAGGCAUCGAAGUAG